AACUUUUUUCUGUUUUCUUUGUAGUGCAUGAUAGUUGGAGUGGUUUGACAUAGCUUUUAAAUAGUUUCUGCAAGAUUCCCUUGUGCUGAGCUUUUGGGAGUAAUUAGUGUAUAAACUACGAGUCAAAAUGUUAUAAAGCUGUGGGAAUUUUGUGUGUGAGUUUUACCUGAUAGAAUUGGGAGCAAUUUGAUUUAGACUGUUAAGCCCAGACAUUAUUUAAAGCUGGGUAAACAAUGCUUGGGGAAAACCCACUUAUUAGUUGUCUUGGAAUGUGUUGGACGAGAAAGAGUGGUGAGAGUUAUGGUGGUCUUGGUUACAGAGAGGCACUGUUCUUUGACAGCCUCAUAGGCUUCUGAAGCCAUGGAAAUAGUGAGCAGCUGCUUCAAGUAGAUUGAAAAGGAUUUGCAUUUCAAUUAUCUCACCAUGUGAUUCUACCUAUUCUGGGAGGCAACAGUAAGGGCGAUGGAACAAGCUUGAAGAUCUUCGAAGAAGUAAACAGAUUUACUAAUUAAGAGUUGUUACUAGAUUUAUGCUUACAGUAUCAUAAGAUGGAAUAUACUUGAAGUACCCCUUCAAGGUCCUCAAAAGAGAGAAAAUACUAUUCCUACUUCAACAUACACAUAGUAUUGCUGAUGGUCAGAAAUGGGGAGAUUAUGAUGUAGAUUACUGUAUAGACUGAAGCUAACAAGCCUAAUCAGUUUGAAGAGGAUAAACCUACUUAAAUUCAUUGUGACUAUAGUACGAGUGUCGAAAUGGAGACUGAUGCAGAUACAAUUUCACGUCUUCGGUGUCAGCUCAAAGAAGCUGAGGAGGAAAGAAGAAAAGCAGCACAAUAUGGCUUGAAGUUGUUGGAGAAUGAGAACUUGUUGCAGAAUCGGCUAGAUGAACAGCAAAAUGAAAUGGUUGCACUAACAGAGAAUUUUGAACAAGAAAAGUACACUCUUCAGAAAGAAGUAGAACUUAAGAACAGAAUGUUAGGAAGUUUGAAUCAUGAAUACGAUGCUCUUAAACACCAGCAAAAUGCACAACUGGAUGUUCUACGUGAACAGCUGGAAAGGGCCCAUGGGCAAGAAAUGAAUGAACUUAAGAAUAAGGUGGAAAAACUGAAAUCAGAACUAGAUGAAGCACUGCUUAGUGAGAAACAACUAAAACACAAAGUCGAUCAUCUGAAGGAGCUCAUGGCUUCUAAAUCAGAAGAACUGCGCUUAAUGUCAGAACGUGUGCAUGACACCAUGUCUUCAGAAGUCCUCAACCUUCAGCUUGAGCUGCAGGCAGUUGAACAGGCAAAGGCAGACCUUGAAGAAAAGUUGCGUGAUCUACAGUACUCCAAGGAGCAGUUGGAACUUGGAAACAGCAAUCUGACUAAUCGAGUAGCACGUUUUGAAGAAGAGAAAGAGGAGAGAGAAAAAGACCUUGUUUCAUACUGUAAUGCAUUAGAGAAAGCUCGUGAGGUGAACAGAGACCUUCAGAUACAACUUGACCAUGCAUUGCAACAGGCCUUGGAUCCUUCCAGUAAAGGCAAUUCUUUGUUUGCCGAGGUGGAAGACCGUAGAGCAGACAUGGAACGUUGUCUGAUCAGCACGAAAAUAAAAUAUCAAUUGUUACAAAAACAGCAUACUUUCACUAGAGAACAGCUGCAGAGACUAAAGCUGCAGAUGGCCACGCUGUUGCGCAUGAAAGGUUCACAGGGCGAACAUGAUCAGCUUGAACGUUUGCAAAAUAUGCUUCAGCAAAAGAAUGGUGAAAUAGAAGAGCUGCUGACGAAAAUGAAGCAACUAGAAAAGUCUGUGAAGGGAUCUGAAAAUUCAAGAGCAAUGAAACUUUCGGACACUUCAGAAUGUGUAGGUUCUGAAGAUGGGUAUUAUACUGAUUUGCUUCAGAUGAAACUCGAGAAUUCAGACAAAGAAAUAGAAAAUUUGAAAAGUGAAUUGUCUUUACAACGAAUGAAGGCUUUAUUUGAAAGUCAGCGAGUCUUGGAGAUGGAGCGAAAACUUCAUGCAAAUGAAAGACAACUUGAGGCUUGUCAAAGUGAGAACAUAAAUUUGCGUGUGUUGUUGGAUGAAUUGAAAAUCAAAUACGAACCUGAAGAAUUAAUGAGAGACACUGUCAGUCCUAGGAAGACCCCAGCGGACAUGCUUUUGGAGAGUGUAAAUAGCAGAAUGUCUUCUUUUUGUGAAAUGUCUUACAAGCUGUCUCCAAAGAAGGAGGAAGCAAAACUAAGCGAUGCUGGUCUGAAGACUAGGCUUCAAGACAUAUCAAUAAAUACCAUUCCUUCUCUAGCAAUGGAAAAAGGGAAUGAUCAAGCUGGAAGGAAAAGAGUUAAAAUUACAGAGGAACAAAUUGACAGGACAGCUUUAAAUAAGAACGAUGGAAAUGAUAUUGGAGCAUCUCAUGACACCAGGUCAGUGUCUUCUCAUAUAUAUGCACGAGGCAAUCAGCACAGACCUGCAUCUUUGUUCUUCCGUUGCAUGAACUGUGUUAUCCACAUCUUCAUUUGCUUUCUCAGUAUUGCAUGCAGUGUAAUUCCCCAUUUCCAGCUGCCUAGUUUGAAAUUUUCAAAAUUCUUUAAAAAACAGUCAAUUAAAGAGAUCAAAAAGGACUCCUAAAUCAUGAACUUCAGUCUUCCUUCCAAAUGAAAGGUUUCCUUAACUUUUUAAAAUCACUAUUAUCUAACAGCUUAUAUUAUGCUUUCUGUAUGCGUAAACAAUUUGCUUAAUCACUGUACUAUCCUUUCAUGCUCAGUUUCUAUUGACAUGUUUUAUAAUAUAGAGCGAAUAUUUCAAUAAAAUAUGGACAGAAUUGACUUUUGGAAUUGACAAAAAUUCCAUUUGUAGAUUUCAAAAUACAUUAAAUGCAUGGAAGGGAUGAGAUAAGUAUCUAAUGUAUACUAAAAGGGCUUAAUGAAAUUAGUGGGAAGAGAGGUCAUAAGACAAGCUUUUCUUGAAGUGGAAGAUGUUAAAGUCUUCCAGAAGUAUAGUUUAAUUACAGCUUGUUUUUUCCUCCAGUGAUGUGUUGUGUUUGUGGUAUGUGAUUUGUAUUAAAACUCUUAAGGAUUAGCAUCACGUGAUUGAUUUCCCCAGAGAUACUUUCAGUUUUGAAAUGUGCUGAUACAGUAAAGUCUCGCUUAUCCAACAUAAAUGGGCCAGCAGAAUGUUGGAUAAGUGAAAAUGUUGGAUAAUAAGGAGAGAUUAAGGAAAAGCCUAUUAAAUGUCAAAUUACUUUGUGAUUUUACAAAUUAAGCACCAAAACAUAAUGCUUUACAACAAAUUGACAGAAAAAGCAGUUCAAAACAUGGCAACGUAAUGUUGCCAUGUAAAAACGUUAUAUUUACAAAUUUAGCACCAAAACAUUUCAAUGUAUUGAAAAAGCUGUGGAUGUGGGCGGGAGGCAGACUGUGUUGGAUAAUAAAGAACGUUGGAUGAGCGAAGGUUGGAUAAGCGAGACUCUACAGUAUAAACAAAUUAGACUGCUUUCCAGCCCUCUUUUUGUGGUUGUUUAUGGGUAGACUGGUUGUUUUGAAUAGAUUGGCAAUAAAGGCCCUGCCUUAGUAAUUACUUGAUGAUCUUGGUGAAUCGGUCUGGUUUGUAGCCUGAUAAUAAGUGCCUUUAAAAAAAACUUAAGUCAGGCACAAAAGGUAAUAUACGAAAAAGAAACUAAUGUGUUUAGAAAAUAAUGGCUUUGAAUGAUGAAAAAAAUAAGAGCUUUCCAAAAUAAAGGAAAUGUUUAUGCAGUAGCUAGAAAUGAAGGUUGCCUUACAGUGAAGAGAAGUAGGGUAGGAUCCAUUCUGAGUUCUUUGUGGAAUUCUAGUAUUCAUUAUUAAUAAUCUAUUAUGUUUGAGUACACAGUGGCACUGCAGUUCACUUUCAUUCUUCAAGGGCUUGCUAUGACCAACAAAGGAGGGAGUUCUGCCUCCAAAAUUUUAGAUUUUUACUUUCUGGGAACUUUCCCUUUGUUUGGCUUUAAUGAUACUAUUUGUAUUAGCAAAGCUUAACCCUUUGCUAAUUGCUAGGGCUAUAGCUAAUAAACACUGCACCCUUUACCUUUAUUAUUAGUUUUUAAUGGCCUUCCUUGAUGUCUGUUAAAUCGUCUUGGUGAGAGAGGGGUCCUUGGCAGCAACUACAGUUUUUCUUGUCAGAUUCCUUUUUAAACUCUAAGCCAGUGGUUAUCAACCUGGGUCCCCAGAUGUUUUUGGCCUACAACUCCCAGCAAUCCCAUCCAGUUUACCAGCGGUUAGGAUUUCUGGGAGUUGAAGGCCAAAAACAUCUGGGGACCCCAGGUUGAGAACCACUGCCUAAGCAAAGGGCUACUCACAAACUUAGGCAUGCAGAAAGUCAUUCAUCUGAAAGGGAGAAUUCUUGCUUCAGCAUGCAGGACUGAAUUUCACAAGAUAAUAUCUCAUUUUUCUUUGUUAAAAAAAGCAAAUUGGCAGGGUUUGCGCUGUGGGAACAGCAACCACUUAAAGUGGAUCUCCUCUUUGGGAGUGAUUGUGUGGUUUCUGGACUGUAUGGCUGGGUUCUAGCAGCAUUUUCUCCUAACAUUUCGCCUGCAUCUGUGGCUGGCAUCUUCAGAGGAUCUGAUGGUAGUAAAGCAUGUGGUGUAUACCUGUGAAAUGUCCAGUGUGGGAGAAAAGAACCAUUGUUUGUUGAAGAAGUGUAAAGGGUGCAAUUAGCAAGGAGAAAUGCUGCUAGAACACAGUCAUAAGGCACGGCCAGUGAUUCCGGCUGUGGAAGUCUUCAACAGUAUAUCGAUCUCCUCCUCCUUAGCUCUGGUUGUCUCUGUGUCAAAACAAAUGCCUAAACAAGUAUUAGAGAGCAGAAGUUGGAGCUUCUGUGAAGAAUAUCUGAUCUUCCUCUACCACGGAGGAAUUUCCAUCACUUUGAAGAUGUCACAAGCCAGUGUGAGCCUCGCUGGUAACAUCCCCCUCAAGAGCUUAAUGUGGAGGCUGUUUUUCACUUCAUGAUCUUGCCAAAGCUCCAAAACUGGACAAAUACCUAAUUGGCUUGGGCAUUUAAUAAAAUUAGUAUCCCUGAGUGCUUGCUUUCAAAUGGAGCUUGUACUCAAACCUAUCGUUUCAGGUGAUAUCCCUGAUAGUUUGGUGCUUUCCAGUUUUAACAAGAAAUCAUAAGUUAAUUAUUUCUUUUUCGUGUUUUUUAUUAUUUUUUAUUAUUGUUCCUCUGUAUUGGGACACUUCUCUAUUGAAGGCAAUAAAAGGACAGGAAACACUUAAAGAUAUGAAGCAUGUUGGUGUAGGUUUGGGAAUGUAUGUUUUAAGAUGUGAAUCAAAUGGAUGUUAAUCAUAUGUGAAGUGGGUCUUUGGGAAUGCAAAGACUGUAAAGUAGAGGGGCACUUUGGUGGACUGAUCAGAGGGAUUGUGAAGGAUGGAUAUCUAAAGAAAUGAGUGGCAUUUGAAAAACCAUAAAGUAUAACAAAAAACAACAACCUUGUUUGCUAUUCUUGGGGUGACACCCCCUGGAUAGAGGAUUUUUCUAGAUAAACUGCACAAAAUAAAGGUGGUUCUGAAAUUGAGAAUGUAAUUUAAAAGUUCUUAUAUUUAAUACCACCAAUGAGGAAGCUGUUUCUUUGUGGAAGUAGAAGGUUGAGGUGAGAAAUGUCACAGAAGGGGCUUAAAAUGCUAAAUAUUAGAGGAACUAGAACCAAAAAGAAUUGAGCCUAAGGUUCAAAUUGACUCCUAUUUAAAACAGCAUAUCUUUUUCAGUAAUAGAGAGCUAAGAUUUGUCAUGUUUAAAAAUGAAAUAACUUCAUACAGCUAUGUUUAUAAGUCUUAUCUGCUACAAUUAAAUUUCUAGAAUGUC